CUUGGAGUUUUCGCGAUGACUGCAGAUGGUAGAAUGAAAGACAAUGUCGCUAUCGUCUGCUCACGUGCUAGUUGUACAGUGAUAACAUGAGCACGCCCGUCGUAUCUGGUGCGACAAGACGAUCUCAGGCAGCUGCGGAGGACAGCUUGGCGUGCAAAGAAUGCCGUCGUCGCAAGGCCAAUUGCGACCAUAAGAUACCAGAAUGCUCAACAUGCAAGCGUUAUAAGCGUCAUUGUCUUUACGACAGACUAGGGAAGACGCCGCUGACCAGAAGGCAUCUCACGGAGGUCGAGCAUCGAUUGUCGCGUGCUGAAGCGAUACUGAAGAGACUCUUCUCGGAUCAAGAGGUAUCCUAUCUGCUUGAUCUUGAAAAGUCGGGUGAUGUGCCUGUCCUCCCAGCCAUCAGGAAUGUGUCCCAAACACAUACACCACGAACGGCUAGUCCGGCAGGAGGCAGCGUAGAGUCGCCAGCUGUUCCUCCACAACAACAGCAACAGACAUCUCAGUCUCAAAUUUCGAACCAAGGAAGCGCUGGCUUUGAGGAUCCCGGGUCUACAUGGAGCUUUCCGACCAUUGAUGUCGAGCCAGAUCUAACAGCGGCCUUGUAUCCCGACGGCGACGAGGAGUUCGAGUGGGAUGAAAGGGAGCAAACAGGUCUUGGUGGCGGGGUUGCGAUUGCAGAGAAUGAUGAGGAGGGCGUCCGAAAGGUCAUUGACGGUAUGGCCACGCUUACUGUCGAUGCCGCCAACUACGGAUACCUUGGCAUGGCCUCCGGUGCUUCUCAUCUGCGUUCCCUAUGGAUGGAGUCUGGAAACAGUCCUUCGUGGGAUUCUGGUGCCUGGAAUGACCGAAGACAAGACUUGCAGCAUCUGCUCAAGCGACAGACGGAAAGUGCCACAAUAGCUUCAGCUGUGCAGACACAAACGCUGGUGACCAGAGCUAUGGUUGAUGUAUUCGUGGACGCUUUCUUUGUUCGAUACCAUCCAGUAUUUCCCAUCUUACACGAGCCAACUUUCAGAGCUCAGUAUGCUAGCAGAAUGGCUCGACCAGGUCAAGGAAUCUGGCUCGUCUUGGUGAACAUUGUUGCAGCACUUGGUGCUUUCGUCACAAAUCCUAGCUCGGCAGACGAUACGAGCUUGUCAAUCUUCCGGACAGCGAAGCGCUACCUUGCAGUCAACGCUCUGGAAACAGGCAAUCUGACGCUUGUGCAAGCAUUCGGUAUGUCGGCAAUGUUUCUUCAAAAGAUCAACAAGCCCAAUACUGGCUAUAAUUAUGGCGGAGUAGCAAUCAGAAUGGCCAUUGGACUUGGUUUGCACAAAGAGUUUGGGUCUCAGCACAUGAGCCCGUUCAAACAAGAGUUGCGUCGAAGGGUGUGGUGGUCGCUCUGCGUCCUGGAUGUAGGAGCCACGAUAACUUACAGCCGUCCGUUGAUCUGGCCGCAAGUGGGGGUCGAUGUAGCUCUGCCAUCGAACAUUCGGGAACAGGAUCUGAUGGCCAAUUCGACUGUAACACCGGCCGAAGUUGACGAGACUACUGUAAACACGUAUCUACGAGUUCAGUCUUCUUAUCAUCUGCAGACGAUGCCGAUAUACAAUCGACUGAUCAGUAACCCGCCGCCUCUGCCAGAAGAGCUUUUGAGACUUGACUCGACUAUUGUUGAGUCUUGGCUGCGUCAGGUGCCACAUUACUUCCAUGAUAGUAGCGGACCAUUGCUCGAAGAUCGAUUCGCAUUGCCUCAUGGUAUCAACUGCUGGAGAUAUCGAAACCUUCGAAUCGUGAUAUUCAGGCCGUUGCUGGUGAAGUGGGCGUCACAGAAUGGAUCCGAGGAGACCCUCACGUGGCACGAACAGGAAGAAACCAACCGGUGCUUGCGUGCUGCUCGAGAAAGUAUAACCUCGAUUCAGAACUUCUGGAAGUCAAGAUCGCAGACCAGGCUGACUGCGUUUUAUGUCUUAUACUUUCUCUUCCAAGCAGCGCUUAUCCCAAUUCAUUGUCUGCGUUCCAAGUCUCAAUCAAGACUGGCACCAGAGUGGCGAGACCAGGUGACUGCAACAUUAGACGUGGUCGAAUCGAUGAUUGGGCUGAAUCCGAGCGCAUCCAAGUGUCGUGACGUUAUCAUGAGUCUCUGCGGCUCUUAUCUUCGCGAUAUGGAUGAUGAAUUCGUGGAUUAUGAACAGGCGUUCAACUUCGAGCCUACCAUGGAUGCAACAGCAUGGAUGGCGGGGUGCGCGCCUACAUUGAUCAACGAGAACCUAUGGGCUGGAAGUCUGGACAAUACUAGUGCAGAUUUGUCGUUCAGCAAUUGGGAGGGCGAUUGGAACAUCUGAUAGCUUACAGUUGUUCCUGGGUCCGAAAUGCAGACGCAGAAUGGAAGGAGUGUUGCGAAGGUGGUUGGAAAGAUUGGUUGUCGACAACAUGAAUACAACAUGUCUGGCAAAGGGCAGGAACCGACCAACUGGGUCAGUCGUAUGGCUGGAGCGCUCCUUCCGCCAACAGAGAUGCACCCAGCCGCCGCUGCUUGCAACGCGUUUGCGCGUCCAUCUCCACCACCACGCCGCCAACACACACCCCACUACAAUAUCCUCGAAGAUUGAGGCCUAAUCAACAAUCAGUCGUCUUAGUCUAGUGGUUUAAGACGCUGCUCCCCCAUACACUCAGGAGUCAUCCUGAGUGACCAGAGGUCAAGCAGAGGUCGCGAGUUCGAAUCUUGCAGACGACAUUGAUCAGUUCUUUUUGUGCUCGUGUGGUUUUCUACGCAU